CCAAGGAAGUACCAUCCACAAAUGGCCUGGAGGAACCACAGCGCCAUCACAGAGUUCCUUCUCACGGGGCUCUCUGACGACCCCCUGAUCGAGGCUCUACUUUUCACGCUUUUCCUGGGGAUUUACCUCCUCACCAUGACGGGGAAUCUGACGAUGCUGCUGGUGAUUGGGGUUGACUCCCACCUCCACACGCCCAUGUACUUCUUCUUAAGCAACCUGUCCUUCCUGGACCUCUGCUUCUCGUCCGUCACGAUACCGAAGCUGCUGAAGGACCUCCUGUCUGAGAGGAAAAGCAUCUCAGUAGAGGGCUGCCUGGCUCAGGUCUUCUUCGUGUUCAUCACUGCGGGGACCGAAGCCUUUCUUCUCUCAAUGAUGGCCUACGACCGCUAUGUAGCCAUCUGCCACCCGCUGCUCUAUGGCCAGAUAAUGAGCGAUGAACUCUGCCUGAAGCUGGUUCUGCUCUCCUGGGGCCUGGCCUCUCUCAGCUCGGUGGUCAUUGUGCUCUUGGCUGUGAACCUGGACUUCUGUGAGGCCUACACCAUACACCACUAUAUGUGUGAGCUGCCCUCUCUCUUUCCUCUCUCUUGCUCUGAUGUCUCCAUCAACGUUGACAUCUUGAUCUGCACCAUCUUGCUGCAUGGACUGGGAACCUUUCUCCCGGUCUUCUUGUCUUAUGCCCGCAUUGUCUCCACCAUCCUGAGCAUGAAAUCCACCACAGGGCGGAGCAAGGCGUUUAAUACUUGCUCUUCCCACCUCGUGGCCGUGGUCCUGUUUUUUGGAUCGGGUUUGGUGCGUUAUCUCGUGCCCACUUCUGGGUCCUCCCUAGAUUUGCUCUCCUCCUUGCAGUACAGCGCAGUCACCCCCAUGCUGAACCCCCUCAUCUACAGCCUGAAAAACAAGGAGGUGAAGGCGGCUGUGAGAAGGACCUUGGGGAAAUGCCUGCAUUGCCUGGAGUGAUGGCACGGAGUGGCAGGAACAGAGUCUGUGUGGCCAAGCACUGGAACUUCAGGCAGCGUUUUAGAGCACUGCCUUAAAGGUCGGCCUGUGGCACUCUCCC